AUGUCUCGGCGUUAUCCUCCUGCUGAUGUCUACAACGAACGUGAGCGCGAUCCCUACGCAAGACCUCGACCUGCGCGCAACUAUGAGGACAUCGAAGUCGACAUCAACCGAACCCGCUAUGCUGACCGUCCGGAAUCCGUCGUGAGCGACCGCCGAGGCCCCCGCGGCGCAAAACUUCCAGACUUUCUACACGAUGACUAUGGACGAACGAAUGCUGGCCCACUCGUGGUUAAGAACCGCGAGUCCGACGACUAUGCCGACUAUGUUUCCCGCAGAGAUCCAGACACCAUGUCGCGCAGAGGAGGUCCUCCAGAAAGAGUUGAGAGGGAUGGACUUGUUAUUAGAGAGCGCAGGAAUGAGCCUCCACUUCGAGAGCGACGACCACCGCCUCCGAGAGAUCCGAGGGACGUCGAGCGCGAAGAGAUCAUCAUUAGACAUGGUGAUCGUGACCAGUCGCGUCCUAGACCAAGAGAUCGUGGAGAAGUUGAAGAGACGGACAUCUUGAUUCGUAGAAGGGAACAAGAGCGAGAGAGAGACCCAGAGCCGCCUCGAGGCCCCCCUCCCGACAUAGUCUUUCGUAGGGGCGCUGGAGAUCGCCGACCUCCUCGUUCCGAAACCGCGAGAUCAGAAGUCGCUGAAGAGGAGUUCGUCUUCCGCCAUGAGGAGACACGCUCUCCUCCAGCCCGGAGUGUGCGCGGUAUGGAAAGAGAAGAGAUCAGUAUACGCGAGCGCGAGCAUAGUCUCCCACCUUAUCGUAGACGCAGCCCAGGUCCGGUCGCUCGCGAAAAGGAAGAAUGGCUGUUCAGACGUCGCGAGCCUUCCCCUCCACCACCUCCUAGAGACGACCGCGAGGAAAUCAUCAUCCGUCGCCGCGAGCACGAACAUCACUCUCCUCCUCCCCUCAGAGAUGAAAGGGAAGAGAUCAUCAUAAGAAGACGAGAGAGAUCUGUUCCUCGCGAACCCAGCCCCGAACCAGUCAGAGAGCCGUCCCCAGAGCCCAUGCCACCACCGCCAGAGCCUAUUGUCCGCCCGCCUAUCAUUCAGGAAAUCAUUACGCAUCACAGACAUAUCGAUCAUGGCAUUGAGCGUGUUCGCUCACCUGAAGCGGUGCCCAGUCCUCCCCCAGCACCUCCAAGCCCCCCUCCUGCACCCAGAGAUGAGAGUCUUGAGAUUGAGAUUCGCAGACGCAACACUCGCAAUGGAGGUUACGAGGAGAACAUCACCUUCGAGCGCGAUGUGUCUCGUACAGCACGUGCGCGUGAGCCUGAGAUGGAGCGCAAUGUUGAGCUUACCCGCUCUCGCUCAGUCUCUGCACCUCAACGUCGCUACGAUGAUGAGAUUGCUGCUGAAGCCGAGUACUACAACCGUAAAGCACUCGAGCGUGGCUAUAUGGGCGAAGCGCACAACGGUGCAACCCGAGAUUGGGGUCUAGUCGACGUUCCUCCCGGUACCAGAAGAGUGCAGAUGGAUGGUCUGGGAGGCGGUCGACAAGACAUCACCUGGCAGCAAUACAACGGAUCCCGACGAAGCAAGUUCUACACUGCCGACGAAGAGUUUGUCACCGACUUUGGUCCCGGCGGCCCUGCACCUGAACGCAAAGAGGAGAAGCGUAAGGUGACCAAAGACAUGUGGACCGAAGUCACCAAAGACCUGGUCAUCAAAGAAGCCAUCGAGGAGAUGGGUUAUCAGUACGAGGACUCUGAGCAUUUUUUCUACGUCAUGGAAUACCUGAAAUAUGAAAACGUGCUUCAGCUCGUCGAGCUCUCCGAAGACAUUCGUCGCGAACGUCGCGAUCGCAUCAGAGAGAUCGAAUGGGAACGCGAACAACUUGAACGACUCCCACCUCCCAAGCCUCGCUCACCACCUGCAAAACCUCGUUCCAAAUACGAUGAGCGUAUCUACGAACGCGAGGUCAUCUACGACUCGAAGCGAUCGGGCAGAUACCGAUGA